AAUAAAAAAUUCAAACAUACACAUAAAUAAAUAAAUAAUUAAAAUAAAUAGCUCGGCGCUUGUAAAUGACGUCACCAGGCACACAUCCGACCUGUCCUUGAGGCUGACAAGAUGGUUGCUUACUGGAGACAAGCAGGACUGAGCUACAUUCGCUUCUCGGCCAUCUGCGCAGGCGCCGUGCGGGCUGCCCUCAAGCCGCAGGCCCAGAGUGUAGCGAUGAAGGCCGCAGAGGCCAGCGUCAAAGUCGUCAAACCCAAAACAUCAUGAUGUGACGUCUGCCUACUUCCUGUCCUGUGAGCGUCAGCUGACCUUUCUAUUUCCUGUCCCUUAGUUGUCAUUAAAGUAGAUGAAUGGCAAAGUA